CUGUUGCUCCUAUUCCAGGAAAUAUCGGUCGCCUCGGUUUCUCGACUCGGUUUCCGUUUCUUGAUCUUGUGGCCUCGUCUCUAAUGAAUUGUACACAGCACCACUCCAUUUGCUGCAGAGCGAUGAGAAUUUCUACCAAGUCGUUCGUCCGUCAUCUUCGACUUCAACUGGUAGCCCCAAGAAUUAUAUCUUGCCCCAACACACUACUUCUGUUUGUUCUUUAGCACCAUUCAGUUCUUGCUUUGAAGUUUUUUUUGUACAAUAAAUCCCAAUCAAUACGAUUUAGUUUUCCGUAAUAUGAAUGUGAAUUUGUUGAUGGGUUUGGUAUAUUAAUUGGUUUCUUCUACACAAAUAUGCUAACAAACACCUUUUUGAGAGUAGUUUGGAAAAAUGCGGUUCAAAGGAAGCUCAAGAGCCGAUGCGGCCGACGCCAAGAUUGUUGUGGCCGUUUCUAGUCUGUUGAAUCUGACGGACAGCGAGAAGGAGAAGGUUCAAGAGAUCAGACACACACUAGACAAGAACAUCCCGUCAUCAUGGAUGGACCACGACCUCGUCCGGUUUCUUCGGACCGCGAAGAAGCAAAACGUCAAUGCUGCAAUAACGUUGAUUGAAAAACAUUUGGCAUGGAAGGAGGACACGGCUGCUAAGUUACGUGAAGUCGAUCUCUGCGAACAAGAACUUGGUGUUGAUGAAGACACCAAUACUACCAGCAGUAGAACUGCUUCUACUGGUGCUGCUGCUACUAGAACUAGUGUGCUGGGUGCCGUACUACCCGAUGUGGUUGAUUCGCCAGUUGAUGCCGCAAUAGCACGCGUGUUAGCGUUGAGGCAUGAAAGGCUACAACAAGUAGUCGCAUCUUCAGGUGGACGAGCAGGUGCAGAUGCAUCUUCAAGUGGAACUACUAAUACUAUUGCAGGUACAGAAAACGGAACUUCUACAACAGCAAUUAUAGUUAAGGCUACCCCUAAUCCAUCUCUAUAGGAAUCCCUCAACAAUAUGCACCCCCAUACAAGGGGAAUACUGUGGCAUAUUGUUGAGGGAUUGCCACAGGGAUGAAUUAGCGAGAGCUCUAAUAUAGAAGAAAAGCAUCCGAAUCAGCGUCAAUCUUCCAUAGAAAAUAGCGGCAACAGUAGAAGUAGUACGAGCAUCACCACCGAUAACAUUUUUACCAAGCCUCUUUCCAACGAUCUUCAGAAAGACAUUAGCAAGCAGGAAAACAACAACAACAACAAGCCAGCCACUUCAUCUACUACGCCGUCCCGAGUUGCGCAACCCAGCACCUUCAUCAAUAAGGCGCUGGUGAAGCUGAGGAAAGAGGCCGCCAAACAUGUACCGUCUAAAACAAGCAGCAAAGGUGGACUGAAUAAACGUAACAAAAGUGCGGGUGCUACUCUAGGAGGAGGUGAAUCCUCAGAUCGUGCAGGAGACGAUGAAGCUGAUCUUGAAGGAACCCGAACAUCAAAAAGUACUAGUGGUGGUAGAGCUCGAACUUUUCUUUCCCAGGGAGCAAAUUUCCGAGGACCACGAUCCCAGAGGAGUUACAUGAGCGACGACGAAAUAGCGGCAUAUAGUACAACCAAUAGAAUCAACCAAAAUAAAGAUAUGGCGAUGGCUACUGGUACGUCUACUAUUGAUGUAACUACUAGUAGUACAACAACAACUGCAAGUACUAGAAAAAAUUUACGUGGGUUCGGAAGCCAGAAUUUCAGUUUCACGAAGUCUCUGAAGGCGACUAGAGAAAAAUUCCGAGAGGGCUUAGCAGCACGUCGUCGUGCAGGAGGAGGCCGCAGGAGCACUUCAUCUCCAGGACCAGCUGAAGCAACAGGCAGAGGCUCGCGGUCGUCACAACCCAGGAGCUUUCAAACUCUAGUGCCGAGUCAUUUACCAAGUGGGGCUGGGGCGGUACUAGAAGAUUCCUUAUCGUUACAUACAUCGAGUUCGAGGCCCUCAAGCUCAACAUUGAAAGCGGCGAGAAAACGUAUGGGAGAAAUAAGCAUGCGGAGACUUAGGCUGCCUAGAAGAGGACGCGCAGGCACGGCUAGUGGCGAAGUUGUAACCACAACGACCACUGUGAGUACAACCACAAGCGCUGAACAAGGUGGCGAAGGGAACAAUAGAACUAUCGGCGAUUCAAGAAGCAGCAAACUACGAGAUAGAGCGUCACGCGUGAAAGCCCUAGCGCGAGCAACAACAGGAGCCUUAGCGCGCAGGGUGCCGUUACACCGGUUACGUCGAAGGGGAAGAACGAACAAAGCACAAACAGGCUCCUCCUCUUCGGCCAGCGGCACAGACAACGAGAAUGAGCAACCGUCCCAGAGUGGUGUUGAACAAAGAGCCACAGCGCCCCCAUUUGCGGGAGUGAUGCUUUCAUCCGGAGCUCUUUUUUCUACAUCUAAGGAAAUAGAUUAUAUAUUGAGGGCUUAACAUAAGUAUUUGUUUCACUACAUCUAAGGAAAUGAAUUAUAUUUAUAAUAUAAAUAUAUUGAAGGCUUAACAUAAGUAUUUCAUUUCCACGACUCUUUUCUCGCAGGAGUUUCCUUCUUGGGAUUCUGAAGAAAUGAAGGGAAGAAAUGAAAUGUUUUGAGCGCUAAUAAAGCAAAAAGUCCAACCUCCACAGCGAAUGGACAACUUCUCGACAUGAGCAGCAAGGACCGCUCUUUCAGUAAGGAAACUCUUUACACUGCGUAUUCCCGACCAGCUGAUAUUGGUAAGGAUGAUGAUAAUGAAAAUGGAGGACGGGACAACGCGCAAUCUUCUAGUAGUUGGGAGGACCGGGAGCAGGUGAUGGAACUGGAAGUGGCCGAUGAGGAUGACAAGGAUACAAGUACAACCAAUGGAGGACCAGUAGCUAAGACUGUGAAGCAUCAAGACCAAAAGGUAAGUACUUCUAGGAACAACGGACCUGGCACUACAGUGAGCAGUGCUGCAACUACGAGCGCUGGGGAAAGUCAGAUGAUAACUAGUACUCCAGCAACCUCCUCUUCUUCGUCAUCAAAAGAGAUCAACAGCACGAUGUUGCAGGAAGGCCAACAGGAUCAACCACAACCACAGUUGGUUUCAAACGUUAUGAAGAAGCUGCAAGUACAAGAUCAACAGCAUCUUGAUCAAGGGGAUCUACUCGUUGCAGGAGCAGGACUAAAAAACCACGAGCAGCUUCUUGGCACCCUCCUGCUUGCGAAUUCGAAGCUGGGUAAGAGCUCAAUUCAAAAAGUGCAGAUCACUUACCUCGAACAAGUCGAACACGAAAUUCGAAAAUGGUAUCCGCAGGGCUGGGCCGGGAGGGAUAGAAGCGGGAGACCCGUUUACAUCGAACGGAUUGGUUCAGUCAACGUCGCGGAAUUGACGAAAGUGUUUGAUCCUAUUACGUACGAAUUAAUCCUCAUCCGGCAGCAAGAACACACCCGCACUUUGAAGUAUCUAGCCGCGAGUUGGAAGAACGUGAGGGAGACGAGACAACGAAUUUUCGGCGAGAACUACUAUGCGGUUGGAGCUGCGGGAGGAGCACUAGGUGGACCAUCUUCGUCUUCCAACAUGAUUCCUAAGAUGCAGGCGAGCUCCAACAACAACAACAUCAUAUCAUCGGCAGAACAUCUUCCGCUUUCUCCUGCUGGGAACAGCUUCAAAUCGCCGAUGCAGGACAGUCGCUCUCUGCUUCAACAAAGCAACGAAGAAGAGGUAGAUGAUGAUAAUCAACAACUCCAAGAACCAGAAGAAAAUCUAAAUGAUAAAGGUCCCCGUAUGGAACAAGAAGAGGAAGCUCGUAAUCAAGGCCUUUCAGCUGUCUUAGAACCGACAGCUGCGCCACAACGUUCCACGAGGGAACCGCAUUUGGUGCAUGAUAGCAUUAUCGUGAUGGACCUGAGAGGCGGAGACAUACGUGUGUGCUACUCGAAAGUGGUGUCUGAUAUGUUCACCCUUUUCUCCAAGGUCAACAUCGCGAACUACCCAGAAGCGACGUCCCAAAUCCUCGCCAUCGGGGCGCCACCGGGAUUCAAAUACAGUACUGCAAUCGUUCAAAUACAUGUUAGCUACUACCAGUACCAUGCAUCCAAAUAGAUACAGGCGAAGUACAACAACUACUAUGCAAAUACAGUUCCAAUAAUAUUCUGCCCUCUAUCUCUCUGAUCUGUCUUCCAAUUGAUUCAACAGUUGCCCUCGAGUCUUUGAAUCUGAAACACAAGAUUUCGAUCUUCCAUUCAAAACAAAAACAGUGUGGGCUUUAGCGCGCAAUUUGUGCGAUUCAAGUUUCGGCUCAAAAAUGGAGGUUUUAAAGAGUCCGAGUGAUCUCUUUCGCUACAUCGAACCGAGUCAACUGCCCUCCUUUGUUUUAUGAGGACAUUAUGUGUUCGUGUAAGUGCAUUAUCAUUAUGUUAGUGUUGUACUAUGAAUGGUUCCGGUAUUUGGUAACCUGAUUUUGAUCAUAAGGGAAAGGGAAACAAGAAGAGAAUCCUUGUGAUCCAGAUCAGGUUACCAAAUACCGGAUCCAUUCAGACUAAGUGUUUUGUUAGUGUACUAAGAAGUGUUUCUGUUUUUGUAAAUAUUAACUAACGACGACCACCAGUUGCUCCAGCCGAAUUGAAUUCAUCCCAAGAAUUGUUGGCAGUUCUUGAGUACAGAUGAACAAGGCACUGACUCAUCAAAAUAGGACCUCUUCUAACUCUUGGUGGAACUUUUUCUGAUGACGCUUCCUGCGACGACUACCAUCCGCAUCAUCCCUGGAACGAUUUGGAGUUCUUGCACGAAGUCAAAACGAAAGGUCCUCGAAAAGUCUGGAUGGAUCUCCAGAAGGAAGCCAAAGAGCUGUGGCGUAGAAUAGAGGAGGACGAGCAUCGUGUUGUUGGCCUUUCUACUACUGCUCCAUGAUAAGCAUAAUGAUAAUCCAUGAUUGAUCAGCUUGAUUUGUAAUCAUGAUAACCUUGAUAUAAAAUCCGUGAUCAACUUCAUUUAAUCUGAAAAGCCAUAUCGUGCUGCCGAAUUGCAGGAGGCAACAAAGUAGAUGUAGUUUCGAUUUCGUUCGUCGUGGAGGUGGAAGAAUGAAACAUUGUAGUUCGAUUCAUACAGUGAACAGGCCAACGCCCUAAACCACUAAACCAACAGCGCAGUUGGUUCAGCGGUUUAGGCGUUGGCCCAUUAUCGCGUUCGUUGGAUGUUGGAGAUGCCCUUGAUCUAGACGUUGACUCUUCGUCUUCGUUUUCCUAUCUGUUGCUCCUCUUCCAUAGCAUUAUCAAUCGCAUCAUGAAGAAUUGUCAGUCCCCUCCCUCAGGGACAGUAGACACUACCUUUACUUGUUAAAGUGUGUACUGGAAUGCGCAGCACCAGCGUCGAUCAACCACAGGGAGAAAGUCAUUCCUUCUCCUAGACUGCAACACAAUGUAACCUGAACUAACGUAAAUGCAAUCUGAAUGCACGCAGGGUUCUCGCUUGUCAAAGUCUUUGACGCGUUGGAGUGAGAGCAAACCCUUUUCGCACUUGUAACAAUGAUUUUUUAAACUAUCAUAGCUUUCCUUAUUUCCAUUCGGAAAGAUUAUGAACAGAAGCAGAACUUUCACUUUUGGUCCAGUUCUUGUUACAUGUAUUUUCCAUUCAGUAAUUCUUCACAUAAAAACUCAUAACCAUAGUCAUUUUUUACCCUGAAAAACAAGUGUUUCCUUUUCCUGGUGACUUUUAC